UGCUGAAAACAGUACUAACAUUUAUACAUUUUCAUUUUUCUUACUAUUUUGUUUUUACUUUAGUCAGUUAUAUUUUAAGAAAAACAAACAACAAAAUGGUAGUCUAUACUUACACAGUUUCAGUGACUACAGGUGACAUGUUUUUUGCUGGCACCUGUGAUUCGGUAUAUAUCACCUUGAUUGGCACCAAUAGCCAAAGUGACAAAAAGAGAUUAGACAAACUGGGACCAGAUUUUACUAGAGGAAGUACUCAUCAGUACAAAAUACAUUGCAAAGAAAGAUUGGGUGAUAUUCUGCUGAUCAGACUGGAAAAGGUCAAUGGAUCCUACAGGGGAGAUGACUGGUUCUGUUCGAAGUUGGAUUGUGAUGGAGAGAAAUCAUACUUCCCCAGUUAUAGAUGGGUUACGGGAAAAGAAUGUCUUGAGCUGAGGGAGGGCACAGCAAAGAAACCCAAUGAAGACAAACUUGAUAUCCUAAAGGAACACAGACAGAAAGAGCUGGACAUUCGUAGGAGCCUUUUUGGAUGGACUACCUAUAAAGAAGGCGUCCUGAAAUGUGUGGAUAUCCGGGAUCCGUGCAAACUGCCACCAGAGAUUAGCUUUUCAUUCACCAAAUCCACUGAAUUUGUUUUUACAAGGGCCACUGCUCAGAUGGAGCUGAAACUGUUGGAAUGGCAAGAUUGUACUGAUUCCUGGACAUCCAUGAAACAGAUUGAGAAAUUCUUCUACGUCAACAAGACAGAUACUUCCGUGUAUGUGCAAAGAAAGUGGAAGGAAGAUGACUUCUUUGGGUACCAGUAUCUGAACGGCACCAACCCUAUAAUGAUCCAGAAGUGCAAACAAAUCCCCUCAAACUUCCCGGUCACCAAUUGCAUGGUCUCUGGAUUCCUGGAUAAAUCCAGCUCACUGCAGAAGGAAAUGGAGAAGGGCAAUAUCUUUCUGGUGGACUAUCAGCUGCUGGAUGACAUCCCAGCCAAUACGAUCCAUGGACGUACACAAUAUAUUUCUGCUCCACUCUGUCUGCUGUACAAGGAUACCCACAACAAGCUGAAGCCCAUUGCCAUCCAGCUCAAGCAAACGGCAGAUCCAGAAAAUCCAAUCUUUUUGCCUAAUGACAAGGAAGAAGACUGGCUCCUGGCGAAGAUCUUUGUGCGCAGUGCUGACUUUAACUUGUUUGAGGUGGUUACUCACCUUCUGCGGACUCACCUGUUGGCAGAGGUGUUCUGCAUGGCGACGCUCAGACAUCUGGCCUCCGUGCACCCACUGUACAAGCUCCUGAUUCCUCACAUGCGAUACACUCUGCAAAUCAAUAUCAUGGCAAGGAAAACACUGGUGAACAAAGGUGGACUUUUUGACAAGGCCUUAAGCAUUGGAGGAAUCGGGAUGUACAAAGUGUUGCAGAAAGCUCAGGAGUCUAUAACCUACAGCUCCCUCUGUCUGCCAGAUGACAUUAAAGCUCGUGGGGUAGAAGGCAUACCCAAUUAUUACUACAGAGACGAUGGCCUUAAACUGUGGGCUGUGAUCAACAGUUUUGUGCAGAGUCUGCUUAAAUAUUACUACCCGAAUGACAGUGAUGUCUUGGAAGACACAGAGCUGCAGGGCUGGAUAAACGAUAUCUUUUGUGAAGGCUUCCUUCAACGGGAAGAAUCAGGUAUUCCAAACUCAUUCAGCACUGUUAAUGAACUAAGCAAGUUUCUGACCAUGGUCAUAUUCACCUGCUCAGUGCAGCACAGUGCAGUCAACAGUGGACAGUUUGACUUUUAUGGCUGGAUGCCUAACGCCUCUCCCACCAUGCAACGUCCUCCUCCCACCAAGAAGGGGGAAACCACCAUGGAAGACAUCCUCCAAAGCAUUGCUAAUGUCAGCAGUACUGUCGACAAUCUGGCCGCCGUCUGGUUGCUCAGCACCACUUCCUCUGACUUUAUUAAACUGGGGGACUAUCCAGAGAAGCGCUUCACAGAGGAGUACCCUCAAAAGAUGAUUGCACAAUUCCAGGCGGAUCUGAAGAAGAUUGAUGAUGAAAUAGUUCAUCGUAUUGAAGACCAAGAAAUUGGAUACACCUACAUGCGUCCAUCGCUCACGGAGAACAGUGUGGCUAUCUGAAUGUUAACCCACAGCAGCACCUAACAGUGCUUUACUGCUUUUUAUACUGUGCCUCCACCCUCUAUUUACCACCUUGGCCCUUACCUGUUUUGAGGUUUUGUCUUAAAUUUGAACAUAAGGAGAAACCAAAUAAAUGCCUUAAAUCCAGACUUCCUAAUGGUUCUAUUUAGAAGCUUCUGUUUUUAUACUGAACCCUUAAUACUGAUACAUCCAUUGUCCAAUAUUAAAGAACUAAAUUAUUCAAAAGACAACCUUUGAGACAUAUAAGCUGGGGUUCAUUAAGUUUUGUUUCCCCAUAUUAGCAUUCUCUGAGGCUGAUUAAUAAAGGAGUAAGGUGCUAUAAGAAGGUGUUCAAAGCACUUUAUUUAGUUGAUUCUUUAGUGGCUUGUAUCUCAUGCUUAUUCAUAAUUAAUUAAGGUGGAAAUUCACCUAUUGUAUGUUGUAAACUCAAUAUUAAAAAAAUACUCUUUAAUAAUACACUUUUUAAUAAUAAAGUUUUCUCAAAACAAAUACAUUCCGAUGUACUAUAAUAUGCACAUGCAUGUUUUUAGUUGCACAUGGAGUUACACAUUUGCUUCUUGAUUUUGAAUAAUAAAGUGAUC